AUGAGUAAAUCUGAUAUCCAAUUCCAAUUAGACUUGUCCGAAGGUCUAGAUAUGAAAGGGUCGGGUCAAAUGAAUCCCAAAUCAAUGAACGGUUCCAAGAAUGGUCAUAUAUCAAAUGGAUCCAAUGGAAAUAACAAUGCAUUGACUAGCGAGUCUACCACGAAUAAUGGGGAGAAGAUCAAUAGAAGAAGAUCUAAUUCACAAAGUCAAGUGAUUAUAACACCUAAUAUCACAAGAGAAAAAGAAGAGCCUAAGAAGAAACAGUUCCAAUAUUUCGUCACUUUAACUUCAUUGAAUGAAACAUUUAUUCAGAAGAACUUCUCGGUUCCUUAUUAUCCUGAUACUAGGAAAUUGGGAAGACCUACAGGGACUAAAAUAAAACCUGAUGUAACUAAUGGAUUCUUCGAUUCAAGGGUAUUAAGUAGAAACCAUGCAGCCAUGUAUAUUGAUCAAACAGGUAAAUUAAUGUUGAAAGAUUUAGGAUCUUCUAAUGGGACAUAUCUUAAUGAUGAAAAAUUGGACAAUGAACCAGUUGAAGUUAAAGUUGGAGAUUCUAUAAGUUUCGGUUUCAAUAUCCAAGCUGGAAUGAAUCAUAAACAAAUCAACGCCAAAGUUGAAAGUAUUGAUAUAAUGAAUAAUUUAGUUAAGACAGAAGAAGAGAUUUUGAAUUCUAAAGGUAAACCUUUGGAUUCCACCGAAUUCAAACAUUAUAAAUUCAUUCAAGAAUUAUACAAUAAGAUUUCUAAUCAGAAUAGUAUAUCACCCAAGAAUUCAAAUCAAGAUAAUGUAAGUUUUGAAUCAGCGAUGUUUAGUGAUAUCAAUCCUGAGAUAGAAGAUAACUUAUUAGGAUUAUAUACCAAAGCCAAUAAUGGGAUUUUCAAGAAUUCAGGUACUUCAACAAGUUCAAAAUUAGAACAAUCUAUUAAUCUUUUGAUCAAUAUUUUCACUAAAGUUAAACAGCAACAUAAUUCAUUGAUUUCAGUAGAGGAAUUUUUAGAAUUCUACAAAUCCAAAUCUGACGAAUUGAAUCAAUCGGUGAUUCAAAAUGAGAUAAACUCCCGAUUGAACGAAUUUAAUGGCCAAAUAAAUAAUGAAAAACUACUUAACGAAAAAUUAACUAAUGAUUUUGAAUUUUUCAAAGAGAAAAGUUACAAGAAAAGUAAACUAUUAGAAGAAAAACUUUAUAAGUUAAAAGAUGAAAAGCUGACUUUAAACAAAAGAAUUGCUGAGUUAGAACAAGCUUUAAUCCUAAAAGAUGAAGAAAUGACAUUAUUAUACAAUCAAAAAGAAGAGGCUUUGGAAAGCAUUAAAAUACUCAAAGAAGAGCAAUCAGCAAAAGAAUUGAACGGGAUUCAACUUUUAGAAAACGAAUCAGAUAAACAAGAAUUACAACAAAAGAACGAACAAGAUAAAAUAUCGGAAAUAAUUGAAGAAUUAGCUUCCCCAAAUUUUGUUCCACAUAUGACCAACAAAAGUUUGAUCGAUGAAAAUUUGAGACAGAUGGAGCAACAUAAGCAAGAAUCGGGAAUUCUUUAUAAAGAGAAAGGUGAAGUUAAAGAAGAAGAUCAAAAUGAUAGGGAAGUUGAAGUUAAAGAUACUUCCAUUGAAUCUAUAACAUUAAGAGAGAUUCAUGAAAUAUCUAAUGAAUCAGGAUCAGAUUUAGAACCAUCGAUUUCUCCUGACGAAAUCAAUGAAACUGAAAUGAAUAAUUUGAAACAACUAGAUGAAGAUAAUGAUUUAAGAUAUAGUAAUAAUGGAGUGUUUUUGGGGUUAUUUGCCGUUUUAAUAGGUAUAAUUAUUCAUAAGUAUGUAGCAUAA